AUGGCUUCCAUGGAUGAUGUCUUCGCGCGAUACGAGAAGCGACUGGCCGUCCUCGAAAAGAGUAACAAUCCAUUCACAAAGGGAAUUGCCUGGGUCGAGGGAGAGCUCGUCCCUCUCGCGGAGGCUCGUAUCCCCUUGAAAGACCAAGGCUUUAUGCAUAGCGACCUGACCUACGACGUCCCCUCCGUGUGGGAUGGCCGAUUUUUCCGGCUCGACGACCACAUGACUCGCCUGGAAGUAAGCUGCGCAAAGAUGCGAAUGAAGCUGCCACUACCUCGAGAAGAAGUGAAAGAUAUCCUGGUGGAUAUGGUGGCCAAGUCUGGAAUUAAGGACGCAUUCGUCGAGCUGAUCAUCACGCGCGGCCUAAAAGGCGUCCGAGGCCACACGCCCGGCGAAGAGUUCAAAAACAACUUGUAUAUGUUCAUCGAGCCUUAUGUUUGGGUCAUGGACCCUGACGUCCAGCGUACUGGAGGUAGCGCGGUUGUCGCGCGGACCGUGCGACGGAUCCCACCAGGAGCGGUCGAUCCCACCGUCAAGAACUUGCAAUGGGGCGACCUCACCCGAGGUCUAUUUGAGGCGGCUGAUCGUGGCGCUACCUAUCCAUUUCUCACCGAUGGAGACGCCAAUCUGACCGAGGGCUCAGGGUUCAAUGUCUUGCUGGUUAAGGACGGGAUCAUAUAUACUCCCGAUCGUGGCGUCUUGCAUGGCGUAACGCGAAAGAGUGUGUUUGACGUGGCAAGGGCUUGGGGAAUUGAGGGAGGCAAACUGGGACCAAUCACCAAGAAAAUCUGGGAUGGAUACUGGGCACUGCACUACGAUCCGAAGUACAGCUUCGAGAUCUCAUACGCUGUAGUGAACGGGACCUUGAGCAACGGAACAGGGAAGGCGGCGCAGGGUAUCCUCCAAAAUGGAGCAGCAACCCUCGGCUAA